AUGACAGAAGAAAAACAGAGGGAAACCGGGAUAUGGACCUNAAAUCUCAUUACACAAACAGAAGCUUUUCUCAAUGAGGUUUUUAGCAAUUGGACUGACACAGUAAAAGCUCUUGAAACCUGUGAAGAAGUUCUUCCUCAUGCCGAGGAGCUCCACAUUGUCUCAAGAUGCAUUCACUCCUUGGCAAUGAAGGCUUGUCCUGAUCCAAAUUUAUUCAAUUGGCCUGCGUCCGGGUACAAUGAGAUGGGGCGGACAUCGGGUGCUUCGCUAUGGAACGGUAUAUGUACUUCAACGAAACCACAGCCUAUAAGUGAUAACUGGUGGUUCGAGGAUGUUUCAUUCCUCAGUUUACCUCUCUAUAAACGGUUGAUCCAAGCUGUCGAAGAGGGAGGCAUGACACUGGAGAAUAUUGCUGGAGCCCUCGUGUUCUACGCUAAGAAAUACAUUCCCCAGAUGAAUAGACAGUCAAGCUUCAAGGACUUAAAUUCAGGUUCAACGAUUUCAAUCCCAUCCGAGGCAGACCAGAGGGCACUUCUUGAAGAGAUAGUCGAGAUACUUCCAAAACAGAAAGGAGUAAUACAUACUAGGUUCCUACUUAGGUUGCUCAAGACUGCUAUGGCUUUGCAGUCGAGUCCAUCAUGCAGGGAAAAUUUGGAGAGAAGGAUUGGGAUGCAUUUAGACCUAGCAACUUUGGAAGAUCUAUUAAUUCCGAACAUGGGAUAUUCCGUGGAAACCUUAUAUGACAUAGACUGUUUUCAGAGGAUUCUAGACCAUUUCAUGUCAAUAGACCAGCCUUCAGCUGCUGCUUCUCCGUGUAUAGUCGAAGAAAGUCAACUAAUGGAAGGGACCCAUUUGUUGACGUCAAUGACAAUGGUGGCAAAUCUAGUCGAUGCAUAUCUUUCUGAUGUGGCAGCAGACGUUAAUUUGAAGUUCCCUAAAUUCCAGUCCCUAGCUGCUGCAGUUCCUGAUUAUGCAAGGCCACUUUCUGACGGCAUUUAUCGUGCAAUUGAUAUAUAUUUGAAGGCACAUCCUUGGCUCACAGACUCUGAGCGGGAGCAAAUAUGUAGGCUCAUGAACUGCCAAAAGCUCUCAUUGGAGGGAAGUACUCAUGCCGCCCAAAAUGAGAGACUGCCCCUUAGAGUGAUUGUCCAAGUCUUAUUUUUCGAACAGCUGAGGCUGCGGACAUCCAUUUCUGGUUGGUUCUUUGUUUCUGACAAUCUCGAGAACUCUCAAAAUCCCAAUUCAGUCCUUGGGCUCUCGAAAACUGAUGGCAUUGAGGAUAUGAGGGAACGCGUCUCUGAUCUUGAGAAGGAGUGUCAAAGCAUGAAAAAGGAGUUCCAGAAACUGGUUAAGACAAAGAGAAGUUGGAAUAUAUUCUGGAGGAGAAAAUCGCACUAUGUCAAUGCUAAGUCAUGA